AUGGUAAUUCUGGCUGAAAUUAUGGAUCACGAUUUUCACGAUUUUUGUGAUUUUUCACGCCUGAUUUUUGGGCCAUCACGACGUCAAAUCCUGGACACCCUAUCACCGACGUAUAUAUGGUCACGUGAUCAAAGUCGAUAUAUUAUUCAAAGGAAAACAAAAGGAAUUAAAAUUAUAGAUGUUCACGAAUGUUUAGCAGGGAAAGAUAUACUAGAUACCUGGAAGAGUGGAGAAACAUCGUCCAGAAUAGAUUAUAUUUUCGCGAGCGAAGGCAUUCUAGGAAAAAUUAUAAGUCAUGAAAUAUUAGAAAUAGAAGAUUUCAAGACUGACCAUAAAGCACUAACAAUUAAAUUUGAAAUCAAAGAAAAAUUAGGAUUAAAUAGAAAUGAAUUUUUCAAGAAAACGAAAGCUGAACCAAAAAAUGUUAAAUUAGAAUCUGAAGACUGGAAAAUAAUUGCAGAAAGAGUAGACGAUAGACUUUUGGAAAUAAACGAACAACAUAUAGAUAGAGAGGAAAUGUGGACGAUAAUUAUAAGGAUACACGACGAAGAAAAGAAAAAACGUAUUAGUGAAAUAAAAGAAAUUAAAAUCAAAAAAAGAGAAACGAACGGGAAAAUAGCUUUUUUUCAAAAAUUAAGUAUUAAACAGGUUAAAGCUCGCUGGCAUAAGCAACAUUGUGGGGUUGCUUAUGCCAAGUCGUGGAAGACUAUUAAAGAGAACAAGCCGGAUACUUUGUUUUUCGUUAGUCAUCAGGACGGUUUAGAUGUCUGCUUAAAAAGUGUAGAAAAUUAUUGUAGAAAAUUUUGA